UGUUGCUGUGUUUGUCUGCGCUGUUUCCCGUGUUGAUGGGCAUUGAAGAGGUCAAAUCCAAAUGUUAUCUUACCACUGACUGCUCUGAUGUGUAUUCAAGUUGGAAAAAUGUGAGUGGUGUGUACACCAUCAGCACAAUAGAUGGACCGCUGCAGGUCUACUGUGAGAUGAUCCCUGGGAAUCAAAUCGACCAAGGACCCUGGACGGUGUUUCUCAGAAGGAUGGACGGCGAGGAGAAUUUCUUUAGGCCAUGGGAGAAAUAUAAAUGGGGUUUUGGAAAUAACACUGGCGAAUACUGGCUGGGUUUAGAGAUUCUUUACCAGCUGACGCGAAAAUACAAGUAUAAACUCAGAGUGGAUAUGGAGGACUUUGAAGGGAAGAAGGCUUACGCUCUGUACAACUCUUUCUCUGUGGGCUCUGAGGCUGAUGGGUACAAACUGCAAGUGAGCGACUUUGUAGAUGGAGGAGCAGGUGAUUCUUUGAGUUAUCACAAUGCAAUGAAGUUCUCCACCGUUGACAAAGACCAAGAUGCUUGGAGCGGUAACUGUGCUAUGACAUACUCUCAAGGAGGGUUUUGGUAUAACGGCUGUGGUUAUGCAAACCCCACUGGUCUGUAUUUGUGGGGGAAAGAUGAUGGCAGUAUAUAUAUUGGUGUCUACUGGUAUCACUGGAAGAGCAGCUGGAAAUCUCUGAAGUCCAUCAGCAUGAAGAUCAAACGUGUGAAGUAGAGCAGGGCUUACAGACACUUCACUGCAGCUUGUGCACAUCCACAUCUUUAUGCAUACAUGUGGAUCUUUUUUAAAAUUUUCCUGAUAAAUAAAAAUGUGUUGAAAUUGGGUUCUGCAUGCUUUGUCUGCUUUGAUUUUGAAGUAAUAAAUGUUUAUGCAAAGCA